AUAAUAACUGCUCAGCACUUUUUUUUUUUUGUUUCGCCCCUCGUGAUGGUUACGAAAACUCCGGCUUAACAAUUUUCAUUUUUUUAUAAAAUGUGUAUGCAUGACAAAUCCAAAUGUUGUCACAGUCAGAAAAAAAAAAAAAAAAAGCACGUACGUCACUUGAAACAGAGGCUCUGAUUGGUUAAAUGGCAGCGCCAAGCCAUCGCUAUAAAUAGGGAGCGACGAUUUCAAAACAAUGCUUCUUUUAACCAUGUCUAGCACUCCAUUUUAUGAGUUAUACCGCCGUUCGAGCAUCGGAAUGGCUUUGACCGAUUCUUUGGAUGAACUGAUCCAAAGUGGUCAUAUUAAUCCUCAAUUAGCCAUGCGUGUAUUGAUGACUUUUGAUAGAAGUAUAUCCGAAGCUCUUUCACAACUCGUCAGAAACAAGGCAAAUAUCAAGGGUCAUUUACACACUUACCGUUUCUGUGAUGAGGUCUGGACAUUCAUCAUUGAAAACCCAAACUUCAAGUUUGACCAAGAAACCAUUUCGGCCGAUAAAGUAAAGAUUGUUGCUUGUAACGCUAAAAGACCUGGAGAACAGUAAAAAAAAAAUAUAUAUGAUUGGUAUACGACAUUCAACACGACUCAACCUUUAUCUCUCAAUCAACACCCCUAUAAACGCGUUUUUUUUUUUAUAUCAUCUCUUUUUUUUUUGUAAAUAAAACAAAUCACGGCUGGGCAAUACAUGUUGGCCUAUCAUUUCAUAUAAAAAUAAA